UCUCUCUCUCACAGCUGUGUGUGUGUGUAAAAGAGAGCGCUUUAAAUGUUUCAGUGACUGUCCGUUGCCGGAAACUCCCAUCCCCCCACCUUUCCCGGCGAAUUUUCUGGUAACUUCCCCUCUCCAAGCUCCAGCCAGUUACUCCACCCCCUGGAUUCCAUUUCCAGAAAAAGAUAGUCCGGCGAGUCUUUUCACUCUCAGAUUUUUCACGGUCCUUCUCGUUACAGUCACUUCAACGCCAAACAAAAAUUCUUCUCACAAUUGAUUCCUAUUUUUGAUUUUCUUCGUUUGUUAACUUUUUUAUCGUCUGCUAAAGAUAUUUUAUGUGUUGAUUGAUUUUUGGGUUUUCAGAAGUUCUCUUUUGCCAAUGCAGUUGUUUAAUUUGGUUCUUUAGCGGCUUUUUCUGUUAAUUUUCUGGGUUCUUUUCCAUAUUUUUCUUUGGUAGCAAUUUCUAGCUGUUAAAUAGUCAAAACGCAAAAGUUACUUGCGUACAUGCACAUUUGUAUGUACAUGUGUAUCUUUUGAUGAGUUUGAAGGUUAAAUACAGUAGAAUUUGGUUCUUGAGAGCUUAAAAAGAGUUCAAGAACCAAUCUUUUCAGCUCCUAUUCAAAGUCACUUCCAGUUUACUUGUCUCCUCUUUAGGUUCCUGAGAAGUAUUCUUUUAGAUAGAAAAAAAGAAAAGAAGAACUGUCUUUCUCGAUUUUCAAUCUGAACCCAACAAUGCCAUAACUUUUGUUAACACUAUAUUAAUUUAUUUAAAUGAGAAUUCUGUUUGGUGUAUUGUUAGUCUUUUUUUCGUUUCCCAUUUUGGUGAAAUCUCUGACCCCUUCUCUAAAUGAUGAUGUUCUGGGGUUGAUUGUGUUCAAGGCUGAUAUUCAACAUCCAGAUGGGAAAUUAAGUUCUUGGAACGAAGAUGAUGUUAGCCCUUGUGAUUGGGUUGGUGUGAAAUGCAACCCCAGAUCCAAUAGAGUAUCUGACCUUGUUCUUGAUGGAUUUGGACUUUCUGGAAAACUAGGUAGAGGUCUACUUAAAUUGCAGCUUCUGCGAAAGCUUUCGCUAGCCAAAAACAACCUUACAGGAAGCAUAAGCAUCGGUUUUGCUCAGCUUUCUAAUCUGAGGGUGCUGGACCUGAGUGAGAAUAGCCUAUCCGGGUCAAUUUCGAACGAUUUCUUUAGGCAAUGUGGGUCUUUGAGAUCGGUUUCCUUGGCGAAUAACAAAUUUUCAGGCCAUAUUCCUGAGAGCUUGGGCAUGUGUUCAACGCUUGCUUCACUGAACUUUUCAGGCAAUCAGUUUUCGGGAUCCUUGCCAUCAGGGUUAUGGUCAUUGCACGGACUGAGGAUGCUUGACUUAUCUGAUAAUUUGUUGGAGGGAGAGAUUCCAAACGGCAUUGAAGGUAUGAACAAUUUGAGGGGGAUAAGUUUGAGGAAGAAUCGAUUUACUGGUGAAGUUCCGGAAGGAAUUGGAGAUUGUUUUUUGCUGAGGUCAAUUGAUUUGAGUGAAAAUUCAUUUUCUGGAGGGCUUCCAAACACAAUGCAGCAGCUUACCUUGUGUAAUAAUCUAUUGUUUGGAAAAAAUGGAUUCACAAGGGAGGUUCCUGAAUGGAUUGGAGAAAUGAGAAGCCUUGAAACCCUGGAUCUUUCUGAAAAUAACUUAACUGGCCAAGUUCCAGAUUCUCUUGGGAAGCUCUUGUCAUUGAAAGUUUUAAAUGUAUCCAAGAAUUCUCUCACUGGACUCUUGCCCGAGUCUAUGAAGAAUUGUGUAAACCUUCUGACUCUUGAUAUUAGCCACAAUUAUUUGACUGGUGAACUUCCUUCUUGGCCAUUCGAGCUUGGUUUACAGCAGCUUCUGUUUUCAGAUAAUAGAUUAAGUGGGAGUGUGGAUAAUACUCUUGCUUCCUCCUUGGAGAGUUCUCGUCACAAGCUUGUAGUUUUGGAUAUCUCUAAGAAUCAGCUAUCUGGUGAAAUUCCCAGUUCUACCGGAGAUUUCAGCAACUUGCAUUUCUUGAAUAUGUCGAAAAACUCAUUUGUAGGUAGUAUUCCAGCAAGAAUUGGACAAUUGAAAAUCUUGGAAACUCUGGAUUUGAGCGAUAACCAGUUAAAUGGUAGCAUCCCAUUGGAAAUUGGUGGAGCUACAUCUCUUGAGGAUUUGAGGCUAGAGAAGAACUCGUUCGAAGGCAACAUUCCUACUUCGAUUGGGAACUGCUCUUCGCUUGUAUCCUUGUGUCUGGCUCAUAACGAAAUAACUGGCCCUGUUCCUGCAUCACUCGCAAAACUUACUUAUCUUGAGACUGUAGACUUGUCUUUCAACAAGCUCAUGGGGACACUACCCAAGCAGCUGGCCAAUCUUGGACGCCUGCAGUUAUUUAACAUUUCACACAACCAGCUACAAGGCGAACUGCCUGCUGGUGGAUUUUUCAACACUAUUGCUCCUUCAUCUGUAACUGGCAAUCCGUCUCUUUGUGGGGCAUCAGUUAAUAGAAGUUGCCCUACGGUCCUUCCUAAACCCAUUGUACUUAAUCCUAACUCGUCUGAUGCCAACACCAGUGUAAUCCCCCAAAGUUUUGGUCAUGAGAAGAAAAUCCUUACCAUCUCAACCCUCAUUGCUAUUGGUGCAGCUGUGGCAAUUGUUAUCGGCAUAAUUGCAAUCACCGUUCUUAAUCUUCGUGUACAAGCUUCUACAUCUCGAUCUGCGGCAGCUCUCACUUUCUAUGGUGGUGAUGACAGCCAUUCACCUACGAGUAAUGGGAGUUCAGGGAAACUUGUCAUGUUUUCAGGUGAUUCUGACUUUAGCACAGGGGCACAUGCUCUGCUUAACAAGGAUUGUGAACUUGGACGUGGGGGAUUCGGAACUGUCUACCGGACAAUGCUCAGAGAUGGACGCUCAGUUGCCAUCAAGAAGCUUACUGUUUCAAGUCUUGUAAAAUCCAAAGAAGUUUUCGAAAGGGAAGUUCAAAAAUUGGGGAAAGUCCAUCAUGAUAAUCUUGUAGCACUUGAAGGUUAUUACUGGACCCCUUCACUGCAGCUUCUUAUAUAUGAAUAUGUCUCUGGUGGAAAUUUGCAUAAGCACCUUCAUGAAGAAUCUGGUGGAAAUUACCUUUCAUGGAACGAUAGGUUCAAUAUUAUUCUUGGUGCAGCUAAAGGCUUGACUCAUUUGCAUCAAAUGAACUUGAUCCAUUACAACAUAAAAUCAAGUAAUAUCUUGAUUGACAAUUCUGGUGAACCUAAGCUUGCAGAUUAUAGUUUAGCCAGGCUGUUGCCCAUGUUAGAUCGAUAUAUUUUGAGCAGCAAGAUUCAGAGCGCCCUCGGUUACAUGGCACCAGAAUUUGCAUGCAAAACUGUUAAGAUAACCGAGAAAUGUGACGUGUAUGGAUUCGGGGUUCUGGUGCUGGAGGUCGUCACAGGGAAGAGGCCUGUUGAGUACCUGGAGGACGAUGUUGUAGUGCUCUGUGACAUGGUUAGAGGAUCAUGGGAAGAAGGCAGAGUGGAGGAAUGCAUUGAUAGUAGGCUACAGGGGAAGUUUCCAGUCGAGGAGGGAAUUCCAAUGAUAAAGUUAGGCUUAUUCUGCACAUCACAAGUUCCUUCGAACAGGCCCGACAUGGCAGAAGUGGUUAGUAUAUUGGAGCUGAUUAGAUGCCCUUCAGGAGGCCAGAUUGAAUCAGGAUGAGUUCAGCUAAACGUUCAAGGUAAGUAGGUGCAUUAUAAUGGCUUAUCAGGCGAAGAAGAAUCCCGUUGGUUUGUUUAAGAAGUAGAAAUUCAGAUUUAGCUCUAAUAUUUUUCCUCUUCUGUUGUUUUUCUUAAGUUUUUUAAUCGUUCGGUUAAAUGUUUGGCAACGGGAUUCCUUUUCACCAGGUUCCAAUUUGGGACGCCACUGGAUAUCAAAUCGUUACUUUCUGAUCCUAGUCUUUCACCUCCUGUUGUUACUUUGUUUCUAACCAAUUGAUGCUGGCUUUUUACCUUGUAA